AUGGUACUGUGGGGUCCAGUUCUGGGAGCCCUGCUCACAGUCAUUGUGGGAUGCCUGUGUCUAUCCAUGCUGCUCAGGCACCGCAGGCCCCAGGAGCCACCUCUGGACAAAGGUUUCGUACCUUGGCUGGGUCAUGCCAUGGCUUUCCGGAAGAAUAUGUUUGAAUUCUUGAAGGGAAUGCAGGCCAAGCACGGGGAUGUGUUCACAGUGCAGCUAGGGGGUCAGUACUUCACCUUUGUCAUGGACCCCCUCUCCUUUGGCUCCAUCAUUAAGGACACACAGAAAACACUAGACUUCAGGAAGUAUGCACAGGAACUGGUGCUAAAGGUGUUUGGAUACCAGUCCAUCGAUGGGGACCACCAGAUGAUACACUCAGCCAGUACGAAGCAUCUGAUGGGACGAGGCUUGGAGGACCUCAACAAGGCCAUGCUGGACAGUCUGUCCUUGGUGAUGCUAGGGCCCACAGGCCUGAGUCUGGAUGCCAGUUCCUGGCGUGAAGACGGCCUCUUUCACUUCUGCUACAGAGUCUUGUUCGAGGCUGGCUUCUUGAGCUUGUUUGGCUACACCAAAGACAAGGUGCAGGAUCUGCAGGAAGCCGAGGAGCUGUUCACCAAGUUCCGCAGGUUUGAUCUUCUUUUCCCCAGGUUUGUCUACUCCCUGCUGGGGCCCCGGGAGUGGGUAGAAGUGAGCCAACUCCAGCAUUUCUUCCACCACAGACUCUCUAUGGAGCAAAACCUGGAGAAAGAUGGCAUAAGUAACUGGUUAAACUGCAUGUUUCAGUUUCUGAGGGAGCAAGGAGUAGAUUCAUCCAUGCAGGACAAAUUUAACUUUAUGAUGCUCUGGGCCUCCCAGGGGAACACAGGGCCAACCUGUUUCUGGGCCCUCUUAUUCUUGCUAAAGCAUCAGAAUGCCAUGAAGGCUGUACAAGAGGAAGCCACCCGCGUCCUGGGUGAGGCCAGGUUGGAAGCCAAGAAGUCCUUUGCCUUCACACUCAGUGCUCUGAAAUGCACCCCAGUGUUGGACAGUGUGAUGGAGGAGACUCUGCGACUGGGCGCUACCCCCACUCUCCUCAGGGUGGUGCAGAAAGAUUACAUCCUAAAGAUGGCCAGUGGGCAAGAGUACCAUAUCCGUCGUGGAGAUAAGGUGGCUCUCUUCCCCUACCUCUCAGUGCACAUGGAUCCUGACAUCCACCCUGAGCCUACAGUCUUCAAGUACGAUCGGUUCCUCAAUCCUGAUGGUACCCGGAAAAUGGACUUCUACAAGUCAGGAAAGAAGAUCCACCAUUACAACAUGCCUUGGGGCUCGGGCAUCUCCAUCUGCCCUGGCAGGUUCUUCGCCCUCAGUGAGAUGAAGAUCUUUGUCCUGCUUAUGGUCAUGUACUUUGACUUGGAGCUGGUGGACCCCGACACGCCUGUGCCCCCUAUUGACCCAAGGCGUUGGGGCUUCGGCACCUCACAGCCUAGCCACGAGGUGCGCUUCCGCUACCGCCUGAAGCCCAUGCAGUGA